CAAGCAAGUGAACUGAAGAAUGGGAAAGAGACAAAGAUGAAGUUCUCUCUCUUGCCUUGGUGUAUUUCUUGAGUGGAGCUUUGGCUGUCACCAUCAUCCUGAUAGUUUUACUGGCUAUCUCAGUGUACAAGAUGAACCAAAGAAACUGCCAACAUUCAGGCUGGAUCUCUGCCUCGGUUAGUCAGACUGUGGAGGUCCAGCCUGGUGAAGAAGUCACUCUGCUCUGCCCCAACGUAUCCAUCCAUCCAACUCAGUCCGACUGGUUCAGAGUGUUCAACAGAGCCAAGCCAAGCUGUGUCUCCUCUAUCUACGGGGCUGGUGGCGAAGCUUCAUACUGUGAUGGAUAUCAACAUGGAAAAUUUGAAAUGAGUUCCAACUUGACCACUGUCUUUCUUAAAAUCAAUCAAGUGGAUAUAUCUGACUCUGGACUGUACUUCUGUGGAUUGUACAUAGGCACAAGUACAGUCAUUUCCAGUGCAAUCCAGCUAAACGUUGAAGGUAACGGUGAAUCUGAUGAUGAUGAAUAUGAUUUCGAGACCAAAAAGGAGCCUGAUGAAAUGGCAUACCUGAUGAGUUUAAUUCUGGGAUGCUUGGCUUUUUUGCUCACUAUAGUCGUCAUUGUUCUGGCUGUUAAAAUAAGGAAGCUUCAGAGAGAUGCAAAUGAAGAAUCUCAGCCCAAAAGACCCCAGAAUAUGUGCUCUGAUGAACUGAACUACGCGGCUCUGAGUUUCCAGGCGAAGCCAAAAAUAAGCCGCAGGCCUGCAUCUGAGCGAGAGCUGGAGCCAAAUGUAGUGUAUGCUGCCACCAGAUAGACGAAGGAAACGAGUGGAAAUGCAGCUCAGAGUGGAAAUAAUGCUUUGUCAUGGUACACUUCUCUUGUAGCUUCAUGUGUGGGAGAAUUCACUGGCAAAAAAAUAAAUGUUGA